GGCAGAUGGCAGCAUGGACUCCAAGUGGGCUGCUCUGCUGCUGCUGCUACUGCUGCUGCUGAAUUGGGGCCACACUGAAGAGGCAGGGAGCUGGGGUGAAGACCAAGUCUUUGCAGGAGAAGAUAAGGGACCCCACCCACCACAGUAUGCCCACAUUCCAGACAGGAUCCAGACUCCUGGGUCCCUCUUUCGUGUUCUGCUCCAGGCCAUGGACACACCUAGAAGGAGCCCAGCCUUCCUGUUUCAGCCCCAGAGGUUUGGCAGAAGUGCAUGGGGGUCCUGGAGCAAGGAACAGCUAAAUCCGCAGGCCAGACAGUUCUGGAGCCUGGCCGCUCCUCAGCGCUUUGGGAAGAAGUAGCAUCGUCAGCUGUGAUGCCUGCAUGCAAAACCACUUCCCCAUGUUCCCUGUGUGCCCCCAAAUAAAAAUGGUCCGGCUGGCUUCAGAA